GGCACGGCACGGCUCGGCUCGGCUCUCACCUCCCCCCGGCGGCGUGGCCGGCGGUUACUAAGCCUGGAGGGAGCUGGGUGCGGGCGAGGAGGAGGGGCCGGCGCGGGGCUAUCCGCGGAGGGCGCCACGCCUUUGCUGCAUUCCACAGGGCCACCCGUGGAGCAUGGCCGGCCGCGGCCCUGGCGGCGGCCCGCAGCCGUCCGCCGUGGCGCAGGCGCUCUCCGGUGGUCACUUGUACCCCUUCGUGAGCGCGGAGAGCGAGGGGCCCGAGGAGGACGGUGAGCUAUCGGAACUGCGGCCGCGGGGCAGAGAAAAGGUCCGGCGGAGCGCGUCGAGGGACAGACUGGAUGAUAUAGUUCUGCUGACGAAGGACAUCCGGGAAGGGGACACGCUGAACGCGAUCGCACUGCAGUUCUGCUGCUCCGUUGCAGAUAUCAAGAGAGUUAACAAUCUUAUCAACGAUCAAGAUUUUUUUGCCCUGAGGUCUAUCAAAAUUCCAGUGAAAAAGUUCAGUGUAUUGACUGAAACCCAUAUAUAUCCAAAAGGAAAACCAGCUCUUCGGCCUGCUCUGUGUUCCCCAGAAGAUCACGAAACAUCUCUUUGUGAUAAAUUCUCUGCUAAUGAGACUGCUGGCAACUUCUUAAAAGAAGUCGAUCGAGAUAUAGAAGAAAUAGUGAAGUGUAAUGAUACAAAGAGAGAGAAUCUGAAUGAAGUUGUUUCUGCUUUAGCAGCCCAACAGAUCUGUUUUGAAACUGAUAGUAAAACUAAAAAAUGCAAGGAUCCUUACUAUGGAGCAGACUGGGGUAUAGGGUGGUGGACAGCAGUAGUGAUUAUGUUGAUUAUUGGCAUCGUAACUCCAGUUUUUUAUCUCCUCUAUUAUGAAGUUCUAGUGAAAGCAGAUGUCAGUCAUCAUUUUCCAAUGGAAUCUUCCCAUUUGUUUGUCACAGCAGUAUCGCAUCAGAAAGAAACAGAAAAUGGAAUAAAUCCAACAAAUAUUAUGCAAGUUGAUCAUCAAGGAGACCUUCAGCAUUAGUAGUGGAAGACCCUAGACAACUGUUGUAUGUAGAUACAUAACAUAACCUUAGGUAAAGGGGAAUCCACAGAAUGCAAAAUGCACUUGGAACGCAGAGAUGUGUAUUGAUGUGUGACUUGCCUUUAUGGGCAGUGUUCCACUACAAGGAUAUUUCUGGGGAUCACAUAAUCUCUGAAUAUGUCUCAGACAGGCAGUUUGCAAGAUUGGGCUGUAUAUUAAGGUAUGAAGUCAUCGCUGAAGCUUUGCACUUUCUUCUAUUUUGAUAGGCAUGUUUUUUAAUUAAUGAUGAGGUGGAAAAAUAUAGUUCAAACUAACGCACAAGGAUUCUUUGUGUUUUACAGCCCAGAAGUGGGCAUAUGGGGAUAGCUAACUUUUAAACAUCUGAAAGAAUUUACAGAAUUCAUAGUACACUUGACAUUUUAAUACCAGGUUUACAGUUGUAGGUUAAAGUAGUGUUCUCAUAAUUUAACCUUUCUUAUAGAGUAAAAUUUUUUUAAAAACUCGGUCAUUCCAUAAUUAAUAGCCACUAUGAAGUUCUUUUUUACAGAGGCAGUAGAAAACACUUAAACUGGAAUCUUGAAAUCUCGUGCCUAUGGUCAACCCAUUCUUUAGUACUUUUCAGUAUAGGCACUAGAUAAUUUGUUUUCUCUGUGGGAUUCUGUGCUUCAACACAGUCCACUUAGGAGUCCUCCUGAAAAUUUACGUUCUUCCUUGGUUUCCUGCUGAAAACUGACUGCAUUCUCAUCUGGUCACCUGUGUGUAGAAUGAAAGAAGUGAAGAAGUGUGGCACCUUGCUGUAACUGCCCCAGCAGUCCUUAUUUGCUGCUAAUAGAUUUAUCUUUUUCCCCUCCAGUUAAUCUCAGUUCAGGACCAACUGAUUAUUCAGAUAGCAGUCAUGUGGGUACUGAGCAUGCUAAUACUGGUCUUCUGCUGAUGAACCUCAAGCUCUUAACUUUUUCCUGAAGUGUCCUAGAAAACUUCAAAUUAAUCUUAAUGCCUGCUACCAAAUUUGAGCAGAAUAGCCAACUUGCAUCUUCAGACUUGUACUUCAUAUAUUAGUGUAUUCAUUAACCAAUCCCCUCCUAAAUGUUUCUCUUGGAGUUUCAUGAUCAGCCUUGGUUUUCCCCUCUUUUUCUUACCAAUCUAAAAAUGCUUCAAGAUAAAAACCAAAAAAACACCAUAAAAACAUAAAUAAAACCCCCACACCUCUGGACUCUUCAUACAGAAAGGAGGUACUUGUGUACUCAGAAUACUUUUAAAUGAAAACUGAAAUGGUGCCUAUAAUUAUUUUGGUUAUAUUUGCAUUGUGGAGCAAGAAUUCCAUUGCCCUGUUCAAAAUAGUAUUUAUUACCAAAACCCAAGAUAACAGACUUGAUUAGGAUUUAAAAAGAGAGAAGUGGAAAAACAGCAUCCUUGAAACUACUAUUGUAAUUACCUUUUCAAUUAAUGUCUUGACUAAGUAUAUACAAUACAAAAAGGUAAAGUGAAUGUGUUCUAACUAUUGAGGUAUUCCAAAAUGCUCUGUGAGAUUAUUAGAGUGAAAACUUAGGCCCCAUUUAUUCUUGGGGCACCUGUUUCCCCAAGAAGUGGGGCAGAUGGUCUCCACUGGCCUGCCGAGUGUAUGAACAAGAAUUGGCUAACUUGUGUUAUAUUGACAUUGAGGCAGGCCAAAGCUUGAAGGAAAGUGGUGUAAAGUUAGGUACCUGAACUAUGAUCUGUGACUGUUGAACCUUUUGAUUAAAGGAGCAUCUGUGGAGACAGUGAGCCUAUUCAUAGUCUCCACACUAGAAAAGGAAUUACAAACAGCAUGAACUUGAUGGUUUGCAUAACACUUGUUUUCAAAGAUCUUUUAAAAUAGUAGUUCUUUUCUUUUAAGAGAAUAUGCCAGUAAAACAUAAACACUGAUGUAGCAGUUGUAGUCACUUAAAUGCUGUAUGCAAAAAUCCUUCAUGAAAUAAUUUAUGGUGGCUAAAGUGAUAUAGCUCUCAUGGUUAAAACUUUAAAAAGUGACUCACUCAGACAUAGUUUUGGCACAUAAAAAAUGUUUUCUAUAUAGGAUGAAACUUGGUAUAUAAUGCGUGAUUUUAUUUGCUGCAUAAUUUUAUUGUUUUGCUUCUUCACCCAUCAUGUUCCUGAAAAUCACCAGUUCUAAUACUUUAUCCUUCCAUUUCUUAUGGAUUCAUCAAAGAACAUUAAAUUAGCUACUGUGAUGAUGCAGCAUAAGCCUAAUAUGUAGCACAUACCUGAACUUAUGGUUACUACAUUGCUGUUGGUACCGAAGUGAAAUUAACUGUGGUUGUGGUUCAACUAGGUCAGGAGGUCUGUGGUGGUACAGCUAAAGAGUCCUCUAGUGUGUCCCAGACUUUGCGCUUUUUCCUGUGUCAAAGACCUUGGCUUACUGGCACUGAGUUAAGGGUGAUGUGCCUUGAUUUACCUCAGGAUAAGCAGUCUUCAGAAAAACAGAGUAGCUAUUUUAUGGGACCAUAUUCCAUUCUAACCAGGAGCUGGGCAUGUUUAUACAUAUAUAUUACGUGGCAUAUUCCACACAGUACAUUUUUAUUUAGAGUUAACUUUAUCAGAAGAUAGAGUAGAACUCUUUUCAAGAUUGUAGCAUUCCUGAAUCUGGUGAUCUACAACCAUCAGCUGGCUUGCCUUGCUGCAGAAUGUGGGGAUCUUUACAGCUUUUUUCUCCAAAGUACAACACAACGAGUAAUUCAUCAUCACAGCUUGGAAUAAACAGGAUAGCUGCUCUGUGAGGAACUUAAAUCUGAUUCAAGAUAAAAUCUGUGAAGGUAGUCUUCUAGAAACUGACUUCUUAAAUAAACAAAAACAAAGACAAAUAAACUCCAAAAGCAAACAAAAAAGAGCCAAAACUCCCACAAACAUGGAAUAAUUGAGUUGUAAAUCACCUUUUGAAAUAAUUGCAACAUGUUGUUCAGGAAAUGGGUUUGAAACUUAAGUGCAUAUUGCACUGCUGGAUCAUAUAAAAUCUAAAUGUUUUAAGUCUGGUAUACUUCAUAGUAGUGUUCUCACAAAUAGUCUUUGUAACUUAUAUAAGGGCUGAAAAUACAACUGUGAAUUACUUAUGAGUGAGGAUGCAAGUCUUAUUUUAAAUACUUCUCUGCUUUUAGAAAAACAUAAGUAAUAUAUGUAAAAUAAAGAUUUUAUUUUAGACUGUGGUGCAGAUGGUGCAUCUAAUAUAUUUUUAGUUCUAUGUACUUUGCAUGUUUUAUUACAGCCGGCUACUACAUGUAUUUGUUUAGGCCAAUUUUUGUGAAUGAUCUACUAUAAAAAUCCUUAGCCAGCAAGUACUGUGUUGGCAGUCUUCAUAUCUAGCAUACCAUAAUUGCAGCCUUUAGGGUUUAUUCUGUUCAUGGCUUGUAAACUUUGAAUGUUUCUGCAUAAAUUUUUGAGAACUUUUUAGUUCUUAGAAAUAGGUAUGAACAACUAAGGGAGAGAUCACUGAAGUUUUUAGACAGUGAGAAGACACUGAAUACAGUAUUUUUCUUUGCUGUAAGUUAGGGUUUGAAUAUGCCUGUCCAAAUUUGAAGUUUGCUGAAAACUAAGCUGUAAGUUUUAUUGCCAUUAUGGUCUUGCAAUAAAUUCUAAGCAAUGAGAAAAUCAGCUUCUAAACAGAGGUGCGAGUAUUACACCUGUAGAAGAGCACAAUCUCACUGCUUUUCAGAAGUGCCUUGGCACUGAUCUGUGUCCUUGCAGAACUUGUUCCUAAUUGAUGGCCUUAUUUACCAUAGCUGAACUAUUCCUGGAGAGUCCAGCCUAAGACUUUGCAAUUCCCUCUGGAGGAUAGAGGUGACUACCUCUAAACUACUAAGUUUAGCUCUUAAAGGACUCAGAAAGACCUGAUUUUUACCAGAGUAAUAUUUUUCAACAGUGCAGUAGGAAGGCAGUUGCCCAUUAGAAGACUGAUGAAUGGAGAAAGUAAUAGAUCCUCAAGAAUUACUGUCUGCUACAGAAUAAGAGAGUGUACUUGUUCAGGCAAAUUAUAGUUCCACCUAUUUGCUUUUUUUUUGUAGGGGGAAAGGAGUCUCACCAUGCACCUUGCACAGGGAGAAUAGCUAGCAGAAGCAGUUAUAGUCAAAGCAAGCAAAUUUAAUUUUCAGCAUAUUUCCCUCAUUCACAUCUUCUAUGUUUUGUAUAUCAGAAGUUCACAGAAUAAUACAGAAUUGUUUCCCAGUCACCAGUAAGGUGAAACACUUUUUUAAAGGAAAUAACACUUCAAAACCAAGCAACAAGAAAAGCCCAGUAACCCUGAUCAACAGUAAUGUAGUAACAAUAAAAACCAGUAUUUUUUACUAUCAAAAGACAUUAAGAUACAGAGAAUGUGCUGUCACAGUGUUCUUCAGGCAUCGAAUCUCAGUAAUAAGUUUUCAGCACUACAGCUGUUGGUUCUCAAAUAAAAAGGAUGUUUCCAAACAGUCAGCUCUGGCUUUUUCUUGGCAUUCUCUUAUUUUUCUGAUUAAAACAAUGCAUUAAAAUACUUCACCGCACUCCUUUUCUAUAGUUUGGGGUUUGUUUCUUACUGAUUUUUUGUCUGUCUUCUUUGUUCGGUAGGAAAGUAAAUAAGUACAUCAACAAUUACAUAGAUAGCUAUUAUCUGCCAGCUCACUUAACGGGUCUGAGGUAAGAAAGUAUUGCCCUAACAGGUGGAGAAACUGAGGCAAAGGGUUCAAAUUUUUAUCGCUGCCAUAUAUUCUUUUUAAGCCAGAUUAUCCUUAAUUAUGAUUUCUGCUAAUUCAUUAAGGUAUACUUCGUAAUAUGUUAAUAUUUUAAUGUGUUCCUUUUUAACCAAAAUACUAAAGGCAAUGUGUUCUUUUAACUAGAUGAAUGGUUUUUCAGAUUACUGUCACGUUGUUUGUCUAUAUUACUAAGGUACUUCAGAGUCAGUUUAUAUUGAAGUGCAUAGUUGUCAGUUUUCAGUUACCUGAACUCAGAAGUUACAUAAAGUUCUUCAAAGGAGUCAGCUACCAACAAGCAGCCUAUGUCCAUAAAGUCUAUGUGUCUUUUUUUUUUACAGUGGUCAUCAAAAAUUUUGUUAUUUAUUUCAAAAUUUUACUGUUGAGGCAUGGAAUUGACUAAUGGAAAUGCUUAGACAGAAUUUCAAGUAAAAUGCAUUUUUUUUUUUCUGUGCAGAGGAAACAAUGGCAUAAAGCUUACUCUAUUCGUAAGCGUUACAGAGGACCUUAAAAAGGCACAUCUGCAAAACACUUGGCAAAACAACAAAACAAAGGAUUCCCUAGCCUCUUUAACAGAAUACUAUAAUUAAACUCGAGUGUGUUUUUGGAGAAUCUGCUUAAAACCAACAAAGCUAAAGCAUUCAGUCUCUUUAUACUCGGCCUAUCUCCAGAAUUCUGCUUCAGGUAGUGUACAUGUGUAGAGAAGACAAUUUAUAGAAGAAAGAUGAUUUCAACUGCACUUGAGCACCCACACUUUAAAACAGUAAUAGAUUAUUUGGAAAGAAAAAGGAAAAUCCUGUAUUGAAGUCCUGACGUAUAUGAAACAACAGGCGUCACUAUUUUAGUGAUAAAAAGAAGUAAUUGUGUGUAUUGAUUGUGUCAACAGUCUUGUGUAUAAGAUUUUUUUAUCAGAGCUCUUAGUGAGUAAUAAGUCUAGAACAGUCACUUAAAUUUACAAUACAGUGUAGUGCAACAAAGAUAAUAAAUGUAAUAAUUUCUCCCAAAACAACUCUGCCUUAUUGGGAGAUAGGGACAUUUCUUUGCUAGCGAAUGCUAUCAGUGAUGGGGAUCUGACUAUAAAUAGGAACACUAACAUUAUACCUCUUCAUGCUCUUCAUCAUAUUCCUCUGGUUCUUCUGCUUCUUCAUCAUCUUCACCUUCUUUGUGUUUUGUCUUUCUCCUCAUCCUUCUUUUCUAGUGCCUGUCACAAGGCAAUCUCUUAACAAGGUAAUUCCAUGUUACAGCAACAGCAUGUUCAUACUACUAUAGAGUUAAGAUGCAGUUAACAGCAGGACAGUAUUAUAACAAUGCAGUGCAAAUGUUGUGUCAAUAUUUAAAACAAUAUGAUGUGAAGCACAAGAACUUAAUAAGGAUUUACGUGGUCAAGCAUCAGCCAUAAAAAACCAUGUCCUGUGUAAUAAACUGAGAUGACAAUUUCCCUUUACCAACCACUGUUAGAACAGUUGACAGAAGACCAUGUCAUACUUGAUAAAUCAAUACCAGGUACUGUAUGUAAUAAUGUAACUGCUUUAAACAACUGGUGGAUCAGCAGAAGAAAAAAUACAAAGCUGUUUCACCUUAAAGAUUCCCACGGCCAUGUUAAGUAAUUGCCAACAAAACAGAGGUCAUGUCCUAAGUUCCUGUAUGUUUCUUCUUUCUCAACUCAGUAAAUUGUUUAAGUUCCAACAUCAGUACAUUGAUGAAACAGCAACAGAUUUAAAAACAGUGGUACCAGUUCCUCCUAUAAGCUCUGAUAGUAGCUGUACUGCUCACAUUAGGCUGUAUUGCUACUCAGUGAAGAGCAGUUGGUUCUUGUGUUCCGGUACAACCAAAAGCGAAGAAAGUAGUUUCUCCACAGCCAGAUUCUCCUUACCCUAACCCUUGUGCCACCAUGCUACAGAACAGUUGUCUGUCAGAGUAGCAAGACAAGACCAGAAAAAAUCUGUGCUGGUUAUUCCAUUUGUACUAAUAAACAUAUUAGGUUUCAUUUUCCUUCAAUUUCUAUUGUAAAAUUUAGAAAUAGUCUGCACAUAUUAUAUCAAUUCUUUUAAUGACAUCCAGAUUUCUUUUAGGCUCAGAGGUUUUUGGUUUUGCUCAUAGUAAAAUAAAAUACAUCACUUUUCUCUUUUGUUUUAAUUGUGAAAAAGACAAAUUCUCUUGUUUUACUUGUUCUUAAGAAUAAAUACAUCCUAACUAUGCCAUGGAAAUCCCAUACUGUCUGUAUUAAAGUUACCUGAGACUUUGAGCUACAUCAUUCACAGAGAUGUAAAUGUCUGAUUUAUGUAAGAGAUACCUAGAAGGCCGGUCUGAAAUUCAGUUUGAACAAGUAGUUGACCAAAGGCUGGGCUAAAAUACAACAUUCAGCUUCACAACAUACUAGUCACCUAUAUACUUGAAAUAUGCUAAGAAACUAGAACAGAAUUUCACUUGUUAUGUUUAAUCAUCUUGAAAAGAUAAAAACUCAUUUUUACUAAUUUAUACAAAACAUUAAUGAUGGAUGCUUAAGACAAGUAGAUGUAAAAAAAGGGCAGAAGUUCAUUAGUUCUAACAGAAGGCAUGAUUACUAUAGCUACAUGGCUUUUGGGCUACAGUUGGCUCUCAUCUAAUGAAUCUAUGUUGUGUAAUUCUGAAUAGUUCCCUGAUUCAUGAACAUAAUCUUUAUCAAGUUACUCCCUGAUUAACUGUAUGGUGGAGCAAAGAUCAAAAAUAGUAAACUAUAUAUCCAGGUAAGAGGUAUUUGAAUGGCAGCACCCUAAACCAAAGUUCCCCAAAUACUCAAGGAAGGGGAAUACUGGGAACUGCUGAGAAAACACCUAUAUUUUAUCAAAAGCAUUUGUCAUCAAUAACAUUGAGUUUAUUCCAGUGUUUUGGCUAGGAAAGGAUUAUAUGACUAUGCAUGGAGCUCAGAGGAGUCAAGCUGCUCAGCAAAAACAUGAACAGUAUCAAAGCAAACACAUCCAGAAUGAAGUAGGCUUUUUAGGAAAAGAAGCAGUGCAAUUCAGAAUUAUCAUCCCUGCACAUCCCUGCACAACCUCCUGCAAGCUUUUACAGAUAAUGCAUAUAGAACAGACAUGUGAGAUUUGUCUCUAAAAGCUGGGCAUCUUUGGCCCUUAUAAAAUUAGAGACACUGGCCCAUUGUUAGAACUUCAAGAAAAAUAGCUCCCUAUGUUAUAGACCUGAGAGGUGCAAUGGAAUACAGUCUAAUCUAAUUUCCAAAUACCUGGUCUUGCAGUACUUGGGCUAAAAAGCAUACAUUUAAGUGCUAUAUACCUAUGCAUAUGGCUGGCCUACAAUGUCAACUGAACCCAGAUGACAUUUUUAUUUAUUUUAUUUAUGUAUUUUUAAUUUUCAGCAGGCACUGCUGGUAUCUAGGAUAUUGCAUUUCACAGCCCAGGGUCAGUGUGGGAGAGAUGUGGAAUUCUACCUGAAGUUUUGUCACUGAGAAGGCAGGUGGUCAGGUCUUCAGUUAAAACAUCCACAGAAACCAGAAAGAGGGAGGGGAGGUGUGUAAAAGUAAAGGUGCCCCUGCGCAUGGAACUGUAUUGAUCCCAAAACCACUCCUGCAAGCUAAAAAGGGAGAAUGGUAGGAAUCUGGUUUGAAUUUCUUUACAAAUUCUGUUGAUUUGUUCACCUUUGUUCCACCAUGGUUAAAGUGUUACCUAAGCUAUGUGUCCUCAAAAUACAACAAAGAUGCAUACUGGGAGCUCUAACGGGUCAUUGAUCAGCUAUGUACAAACUUCCUGGCUCAUAUAUGUAUCAUUAGGAUUCCACCAAAAAAAAAAAAAAAACAAAAAAAAAACAAAAAAAAAAA